CAGGAGCGGAGUUUAUUCGAAUUAGCAAGUGCAAAAUUAACCGAUGCCCAGAAUGUAAUGGCUGAAGCUCGCGACUUAGCGAACGCUAGAAUAUCUGAUGCGCAGAGGCUUAUGGCCGAAGCAAGCGUUCUACUGAAAGAGGAUCUUGAUAAUGCGCGAGUUAGAAAGAAAGCUGUCGAAGAGUUGACAAAAACUUUGAAUCAAGUCCACUUCGCCAGCGCGAUUAAGUUAAAUGUUGGCGGUAAGAUAUACAAAACAACACAAGAAACUCUAAGAAAGGAUCCAAAUUCUAUGCUAUGUGCGAUGUUCUCUGGAAGAUUCGAGUUAAAGCAGGAUGAGGAAGAUGGAGCAUAUUUUAUUGAUAGUGAUCCUGAACUGUUCAGGUACAUUUUGAACUAUCUCCGAAAAGGCGAACUCCACUUCCCAGAAGACAAAGCAAUUCGAAAAGACCUACUUGCAGAGGCAAAGUUUUAUCAAGUUCAAGGAAUUAUCGAUGAGCUGGAAAAAACAAGUUCCCUUAGUGACUCUGUGAUAGUUUCGAAUGAAAAUCACCUUUUAACCCUCAAGUCAUGGUUGCCAUCUAAUGCUACGCGUUCUCUGCUUUAUCGAGGGACUGUUAAUGGGAAAAUACCAACCGAAAUUAAUCGCUACUGUGAUUUAAAAGGUCCAACUCUCGUGGUGAUUAAAAGUGGAAAUUUUAUUGGCGGUGGGUUCACAACAGCAUUGUGGGAAUCACGUGGCAUUCGCAAAUUCAAGGAAGAUAAGUCAUCAUAUCUUUUUACACUAGUUAAUCAAACUGCGAGUGAACCUUUUAAACUAAAUGCAGUUGCAGGAGGUGGCAUAGGGUGUAAAAAAAAUAUAGGGCCAAACUUCGGUACUGCACAGCUUAUCGGCCUUGCAGUGUGGCCAAGCAACAGUCGAUUGUGUAGCCCGAUGGGGUAA